AUGGAUGGGUAUCAAGGUCAGGAUGAGAGCAAAAGCUUGCUGAAUUCAUCAUCCUCUAUGCGAGUACAGGCAGCUGAGGCAGAAAAACAAACGAAGGAGGGGCAGGAUGAGGAACUUUCUCCCCAUGAGUGCCUCAGACGUCUGUGGCUCACGCGUGAUCGCAUAGCUUUCGCUUGUGGGUUCGAGGGUACAAAUUGGUUGGAGAUGAAGCACGAGAUGGAGAAGAACCCUGACGUUGACUGGCCAAAAUACGUGCACAAGUCGCUGGCCCGUUGGGAAGUCCCACUCGAGGAGUUCCGCUAUAUCCUCAGCAUGCCGGAAUACUUCGAUGAUCCUGCUGACAUUGAUAAGCUACCUGUACUUGUAAAGUUCAGUUGUCGCCAGGCAAAAUAG